GACACGCAUCUCGAGAUUCGGCCGCGCAACUGCCGCUCCGACGACGCCAUCCCACAGCCGCCCACGGAGCCUUCAUUGACGAAAUUGAAGACCCCACUGGCAGCUAGGCAUCGUAUCUCCAGAGCUACCCUCUGGACAACCCUUUAACCAUUCCAUUGACGUGCACGUCGUUCGAGUCCAGCUUGGACGACGGGCUUAUUCCGUUUCACUACUACGAGCACUACCAGCUUCCGCGCAAUCCACGCAGACCCAUCCAGCCGAUUCUGAUGGUCCAGGAAGUGACGACACCUGCCCCGCUCGACAUGGAAGGCAGCACGAGCGACGACGACAACGCGACGUCACACUUGUGGGCGUCUUCGUCGAGCCAGAUCGGCAUCGUCGACAUUCACAUGACGCUCCUCCCGUCUGGAUGGAGCUACCACGUCACGUACGACAUCUUGGUCUCGUUUCCAGACAUGCACCAGCAGUGGAUCGUGCGGCGGACGUACCAAGACUUUGUCGACCUCCAUCGCCACCUCCUUUCCACAUUUCACAAAAAGUUGACGCACCGACGCAUCACCGUUCCCCGUCAAUCCCGCGUCGAGUUUCACCUGUCCGUCGAGGCGCGGUACGCGCAGUCGGCGAAGCGCAUGCGCGAGCGCCUCAACGCAUACCUCCACCGCCUCCUCGAGAUUCAUGAUGUCCACACGAGCGGGGUGUUCCGACAAUUCUUCGUUCGACGUGACAGCGACUUUGACGUGGCAUCCACCGACCCGGCCACGUCGUCUCCAAGUGGCAUGUCGAUUACCAAACAGGUCGAUGCCAAGGAACUCGACGUGUCGCCAACAUCGAACGAGUCCGUGUGCUCGACAGCAUCCACAACCACGGCAUCGCAAUCGUACGACCUUGGGCCACUCGUUGCCGGUCGCGACUGGCAGCUGCACCACGCGCUCCGCCUCAGCGACAACGUGAGCUCGGCCAAGUUGACGGCGCAAGACAUGGUCGCCGGCGCCACGAUGCACCAAGCGCGGACGCCGCUGGACGUGCUGCCGCCCGUGGCGUCUGUCGUGCAAGUCACGUCCAACUGCUCGUCGCUCGUGUUAUACGGCAGCGCGGUGUCGAUUCGAACGUGUGGCGGGCUUCGCGUCGGCUUGACCAAGCGAAGCGCAUGGAGCGGCAGUCAAAAGAUGGCCGCCGUGGCCGCCGGCGGCGCGGGCAUGGUGCUACUCAGCGGCCCCGUCGGGCUCACGAUCGCCGCGAUCGGGUCCCUCGGCAAGCACCACUUGAGCAAGGCGCACUCGAUGUCCGUGCAGCCCAAGGACCAAGUCGUCCACGACGAAUUUCUCGUCGAAAGCGCGUCGCCGUUCAGCGGCGCCGCACGGCCGGUGCACUAUGGCGACCCGAUUCGCCUCGUCAACGUGUCCAAGCACCAAUAUGCCAAGGUCGCGCUCCCGGUCGAUAGCAAGCGCGGGUACGUGUCGCUGGCGUCGUCGAUCGCGGCGGCGUCCGUGUUUCGGUGGGUGUCGCCGCUGCAUUACGUCGGCCCGAUCGUGUGUGGCAGCCCCGUGUGCCUCCAAGUCGCCGACGACACCACGCCAUGGAAUAAUGAGCUCCUCGCGGUGCAUAAGGACUUUAUCACGACGGACGGCGCGCCCGCGGUGUGCCACUUAGUCCUACACAACCAUCCGUGCCUGGCCAACGAAGACAAGAGCUGCACGGUCUCACGACCGCUGCCGAAACCGGUCGUUGUGCGCGCCAUGGCGUACAACGUGUGGUUUCUUCCGCCGUGGGUGUCGUCGCUGUUCAACUUGUCGCCGUUCAAGGUCCAGCGCGCCCAUGCGAUCCCGGCCGCCCUGCCCGACGACCUCGACAUUGUCGUGUUUUGCGAAGUGUUUGAUGCCGGCGCCAAGAUCGUCCUGGCGACGGAAAUGAAGCGCCGCGGGUUUCUGUACGAGACACGAAAUGCCGGCGCGCGCCGUGGCGGGUUCAAGGCGAAAGCAAUCAACUCGGGCGUGUUUGCCAUGAGCAAGUAUCCCCUGGAGCACUACGACGAGCUCCUGUUUGGCGCGGCGGCGGCGGCCGACGACAAGGUCGCAGACAAGGGCGCGAUCUACGUGCAGAUGAAAAAACGGGGCGAAGUCAUCCACGUCGUGGGGACGCACAUGCAAGCGUGGGAGACGGACGCGGCAGUCGCGGCCCGCGACAAGCAGCUCAAGAUGCUGGCCGCGUGGGUCGACAGCAAAAAGAUCCCGAAACGCGAUGCGGUCGUGUAUGCCGGGGACUUUAACAUCGACUCGGCGUCGGCCGAGUUUGACACGAUGGUGACAACGUUGAAAGCCACAAACCCCCAGACGAUCGCCGGCACGUCCGAGUAUAGCUUUGAUCCGUUUACGAACGUCCUGGCGUCGACAGGCAAGAGCAGUGGCGGGAAACAGGAGCGCCUGGACUAUGUUAUGGUCGGCACCGAGCACCGGCAACCAACGUCGAGCUGGACCCAAGUCAUCCCGCUCAAGGUCGACCACGGAUGGGAAGACAAGGCGCUCUACGACACGAUCGUCACCGACCUCUCGGACCACUUCCCCGUCCUCUCUGAGUUUCACUUUGGGUAGCGCCGCCGCCGCCGCGCCGCCGCCUCGCUUGUAUUUAUUUGACCGUCUCGGUUUCGAUUUAAAAUUCAACAAAACGCAAUCCGUUGAUAUAGGACAAAACCCAA